ACCCAAAAUUAUCGAACGCAUUUAUACGAAAGACAGUAGUAGUAGUAGUGGUUGUUGUGUAACCGUAAAAAGUCCCAUAAUGUUGUUUGUUUGCAGUAAAAGAAAGUACUUAUGAAUAAAUUUACAGCCCCUCUUAAUUUUGAAGAUUUGUUUGGCUCAUUCUAGUCACUUUCUGAUAUCCAUAACUCCAUUAAGUUCAGCAAGUGGGAAUGGGAGAAGAAACAUGUGUAGAUUGCAGAAGCAAGGAAGAGGAACUGUAUUGGACCCAUUUCCAGUGCACCCAUUUUUCGCAGAUUCUCGAUGCUAGUUUUGGUCAUCAUCUUCCGAUCCCUGAAAAAUUUUCUAAUCAUUUGAAAAAGAAAUUGCCCGAAAAUGUAAUGCUUAAAGGUCCUAGUGGCGGUACUUGGCCAGUUGAACUGACUACAGAUGAUGACACCAUGUUCUUCAAAAAUGGCUGGGAAGAAUUUUUAAAGGACCAUUUUCUGGAGGAAAAAGAUUUGUUGAUCUUCAAGUACAACCGGGAGUCAUGUUUUGAAGUUGUAAUUUUUGAUGGGCACCGAGAACGUGACAGUGUUGUCCAUGCAAAGAGGAAAACUGUAGAAGAUUCUACUGAAGUUAGUAUUGCCUGCCCCCAGGAUAGUCUUGGAGGCACUGCAGAGAAAUCUGCAAAUGAUUAUAUUUACAAAACACUUGUAGAAAACACUGUUAUCUCAGAAGCUAUUAAUAAAAAGACUCAGAGGGAAAUCAAGUUUAGUAAGCCGACCCAAACUAAGCAGAGCGUGAGAGAUGAAGAAUCUUCUUCUACUGAUGAGGCAACAGAAACUAAACCUGAUGUUGAGCAUAUAGCUAUCAACGCGCCAUAUGUAUCAAGUAGAAGGAUGGUAACAGAGGAAGACAAACUCAAUGCAUUGCGGUUAGCACAAGCAGCACAAUCCAACGAGGGCUUCGUUGUGGUUAUGAAACCAACACAUGUAUACAGGAAAUUUUACAUGGUAAUCCCUUCCGGAUGGGCGAAUAGACAUUUCAGAACUCUGGAAAAGAAAGACGUGAUUCUUCGCAUGAAAGAAAAUACGUGGAACACCAAGUUUUUAUACUGUAAAUCUAAGAACAGCGGAGGGCUUUCUUCUGGGUGGAGGAAUUUUGCUUUGGAUAACAAAUUACAGGAGUUUGAUGUGUGCCUUUUUGAACCUAGCAGCGCAGUGAACAAUUCUAUUGUCUUCGAUGUUAAUAUCUUUCGUGUUCUCUAGCGACCUUGAAGGUCAUUUGUGAAUCAUCAAGGAUGAAGCAAGGCACAUUGGUCAUCUGGGAUGAAAACAACCCAAAUCUUUUUAUGAUUUGAGUUGUUGACUAAUGUAGAGAUUUAGCUAAACUUCCGAGUGUGUAAACUUUAACAAUUGCUGACUCGUGUCCGAGUUGGCGUACGGCUAUUACAACUCGUCGCUGUCUGCCAUGCCUCCUUGGUUCUAUGAUCUAUGACCAUUGUACAUAGAUCGAUCGCUUUUGUUCUGUUGAAUCCAUGGAGGACCUUUGAUGACCAAUAAGCUCAGCGUAUGAUGGGGGGAAGGGUAACUUUGCCUUCUGGUUAGAUUCC